UAAGACAAAACAUGAAGCUGCCUAUGUUUCUCAGUGGUUACUUGGCGAAUUACAAACCAGUUUCAAGGUGCGUACUGCCACCUGCUAUUGAGCGGCAGUCUGAGGAUGGAAGUGGGACGGAGUGAAACCUCUUGUUUCGCAUGGAUACUCUCUGGUAGACGUUCAUUGGACCAAUCGGGUGUGAAGAGGGCGGGGUCUGCGGCGAGCGAACCAUCAGCGAGCUGCUGCGGUGGAGAAGAACAGCAGAAAGAGGGACCGCACGCAAGCCUCCUCUCCCUACCUGCCGCCGUCAAGUCGCUAUCUGCACUCUGUCUUGCGAUGUUGCUCCUAGACGCCUUGCCCCCCCUCCUCCAUCUUCUCCUCGUCUCCGUCCUGUUGCCGGGCUACGGUUGCCGGGCGGCGGACAUUCCGGAGGACACCACAGCGGAGUUCUCGGUCAGACUGUACCACCGACUGCAGGCAGUGGGGGGUGAGGACAACAUCAUUUUCUCCCCACUGAGUGUGGCCAUGGCCCUGGGCAUGGUGGAGCUUGGAGCCAGGGGAGCUUCGCUGGAGGAGAUCCGCCAGGCUGUGGGGUUCAGCCACCUGCCGCCAGGCGAGGAGUUCUCUUUGCUCCAGAACCUGACAGCGGCUCUGUCGGACGAUGACACCCACUACGUGAUCCGAUUUGCCAACAGCCUCUUCCUGCAGGAGGGCGUGACCUUCAACCCCGAGUUCCUGCGUCUGAUGAAGAAGUACUUCCGGGCCGAGGUGGAGACGGUGGACUUCAGCGAAUCUGCGGCUGUCGCUGAGCAGAUCAACAGCUGGGUGGAAAAUCAUACUGAGAGUAAGAUCCGCGAGCUGCUGUCGGCUGAGGACUUUAACAGUGUGACUCGCCUGACUCUGGUGAACGCUGUGUACUUCAGAGGCUCCUGGAAGAACCAGUUCAGACCAGAAAACACCAGAACCUUCUCCUUCAGCAAGGACGACGGCUCCGAGGUGCAGACCCUGAUGAUGUACCAGCAGGGAGACUUCUACUACGGUGAGUUCAGUGAUGGCUCCCAGGAGGCUGGCGGGGUGUAUCAGGUACUGGAGAUGCCGUACGAGGGAGAGGACAUGUCCAUGAUGAUCGUUCUGCCUCGGCAGGAGGUGCCGCUGGCUGCUCUGGAGCCCAUCAUCAAAGCACCGCUCCUGGAAGAGUGGGCUAAUAACGUGAAACGGCAGAAGGUGGAGGUCUACCUGCCGAGGUUCAAGGUGGAGCAGAAGAUUGACCUGAGGGACACUCUGCAAGAGCUGGGAAUAAAGAACAUAUUCUGCAAAGAUGCUGAUCUCUCUGCCAUGACAGAUGGAAAGGACCUGUUCAUUGGGAAGGCAGUGCAGAAGGCCUACCUGGAGGUGACUGAGGAGGGGGCAGAGGGAGCUGUUGGGUCAGGAAUGAUAGCCCUGACAAGGACUCUGGUGCUGUACCCGCAGGUCAUGGCUGAUCACCCAUUCUUCUUUGUCAUCAGAAACCGGAGGACAGGCUCCAUCCUCUUCAUGGGCCGGGUCAUGACCCCUGAAGUCAUCGAGCCCAAUGACCACGACUUCGACUCCAUGUAACCGCAGCGCGACAUCGCACACUUGCAGCCAAUCAGAUCUGACGUCAUAAAUGCUACCUAUCCUCUUUUGCCAUCUUCAGCUGUGUUUUUAUAUACUCUUUAUGAGAAUAUAAUAUAAACCGAAUGUUAUAAGAUAUAUUAUAUAUUGAAAUAUGACUUAUGAUGUGACUGUGUUUUGAUACUGGAAGCUUUAAACACUUGGGAUACAGACAUGCAGAACAAGGAAGAUGUAAAUAUUAUAAAAGUAAAGGUGGGUUUGUAAACUAUAUAAGCAGAAUGAACAUGCGAUACACAUUCCACGCACAACCCCUUUAAGUUCAGCAGCUUCAUACUCUCCUGUGCGUGCACACACAAACACACACACCCACACCCACACACAGUUUUCUCUCUUCUCCACACAUAGUUACUGUCUUUCUUACAGGUAUGUUCACACUGUAUUUUUCACACUUUAAUUAUAUCGUUGUACAUUUGACAUUAUAUAAAUAUAUAUAUAUAAAUAUAUACAUUAAGUAAUUAUAUUCAGUAUUUAUUGCAGAAUAAAUAUACUUACACAUUUUGUCAUUAUAUAAUGAAUCUUAGUAAUAUAUCUGUUCCAGACAGUAUUCCAGUCAUUUUUUUACACUGUAGGCACAUGGCUAAACUGCUGAUGAACUAAUAUGCCUUAUCACAUCUGAGUGGUUGAUUUAGCCCCAGCCGGGCAGCUCACAGGUGAGCAGAGGGGACUGCGUAACUAAGGCAGGUUGCCAUAGAGACGGACUGGGGCAUGCAGCUGCAUUGAAAACUGCUGUGCUGUCUUGGAUGUACAUACAGGGAGCAACAGUAACACCAGCUGUAUUCAGUCUUUUACUCAAUAAAACCAUGAAUGUGUUCCAAUUCUAAAAAGAAAAAGCGGUCUGCUUUGUGUGUUGAAGAUUUAUUCAUGCUGACAAAUGUAUUUUUGCCUGUAAACUGCAUUUUCAAGGACAGAGUAGCAAAGAUUAACAAUCCACUGCGUUUAUGAUAUAAGUGAAAGAUGAUCACAAAGCUGUAAAACACAUGUUCCCUCUAGCUUUGCAUUGGGUUCUUAAAAGGAGGGAAUUGCUGAGAGUGAUAAAAAUGCAGUACUUCAAGUCAACCUAUUGAGAAAAGUCCAUUAUAUAUUCAGUGCCUGAUUAAUAAGAGACAGAGCCAGGGCAGCAGCUGGCUGUCCAGUUGUAACUCAGUUUGCCAGGGCAGAGGAUGCCUUGCCAAGGCAACUUGAAGUAAUGGCAGGCAUCACCUAGCUCACACACACACAAGACAGAUCAUAUCGCCCUGCUAGGCAAGGAUAUACUGUAGCCAAGGACAGAUGGGCCCUGCAUGAUUGAUUCUGAUAGAUGUUAAAUCAUAAGGCAUUUAUCAGAUAAUUAAAUAAGUCCCCACAUUUUUUUUCCAAAGGAGGGCAGGCACGUCCUGGGCCAAUAUCUUAUGAGGUGUUAAAGGAAAGAUUCUGGAAAGCAAAAGUGGAAAAAGUUGUUUCAACUGGACCCAAAAUGAAUCCUAUAACAUUUUGUGCUAAAAAGUUGAAUUUUUUGAAGGUGCACUGCUGUGCUUUAAUCAUCUUCACUGCUCAGGCAAGAUUUAUUCAAUAUAGAAUUUAUGUUUAAUGACUCCAUAUAAUACACACACCAAACCUCUACUACUACCUAUGCAAUUGCUGUAUGUGUGAUUAUGUUAUUGUAAUCUGGUGGUAGUAGUUGGGUGUAGCUGAGUGUAUAUCAUCUCUGAACCAGGAAAAUCUGAGCUAAUAUUAUGUAUACCAUGUUGUAAAUCCUAAAUAAUAGAUAGAUCAUCCAAUGAGGUAAACAAUUAACACACACAAAUCAAUACCACUUCACAAACCUGCAGUAUACCAUAGCAGCAUACCUUACAUUUUGAUGCUGGAGUGCCACUGGCAUUGAUAACAAGAUAUUAGUAGACAAAUCUUGAUAAUCACUUUCCCUAUGGGUGUUUCUGCCAUUUAAUUAACUUUUCUUGGCUGUUUAUGCAAAAUGUGACUUGUCAGACAAAGACCAUGAAAAUAACAUUGCUGUCAAAAUAAAAAUGGGGACGAUUUCUUAUAUAUAUGACUAUCA